GGAGCACAACCAGGUGAGGGCGGAACCGAAGCUUACAGCACCUCCCUAAGAGCAACAGCGAGCUCUCUCCUCCGAGAGGAAGGUGAAGAUAAUGGGCGGAAGCGUCCGCCCUGGAAACUCACUAAGGGCGGAAUUCUCCCCGCACACACACUUUUAAGGGCGGAAGGGGCCUUCUCUCUGGGAUGUGCUCGAGCCCUGGAGGGUCUUCAAUCACUUCCGGGAACAGACUGGAAGUUGCUUUGUUUUGCUUCAAGAUGGCGGCGGGAAUGUACUUGGAGCAUUAUCUGGACAAGGAAUAGACCCUCCAGUGGCUCCUCCCUCCAGCCUGUCCACCCUCCCCUUUAAGUGACUGAAGGGAGGACAGUAACUACCACAGAACUCCUUUCCUCCUGGAUCUGAGACCCUGUUCCCACCAAAAAGGACCUGGUGCUAGUCAGGUAUUGAAAACCUCCCCUUUGAGCUCCAGAGAAACUUCCAGCUCAUGCGGGACCUAGACCAGAGAACAGAGGACCUGAAAGCAGAGAUUGACAAGCUGGCCACUGAGUAUAUGAGUAGCGCCCGCAGCCUCAACUCAGAGGAAAAGCUGGCAUUACUUAAGCAGAUCCAGGAAGCUUACGGCAAGUGCAAGGAAUUUGGGGAUGACAAGGUGCAGCUCGCCAUGCAGACCUACGAGAUGGUGGAUAAACACAUUCGAAGACUGGACACGGAUCUAGCCCGCUUUGAGGCUGAUCUGAAAGAGAAACAGAUUGAGUCAAGUGACUAUGACAGCUCUUCCAGCAAAGGAAAAAAAAAAGGCAGGGUUCAGAAGGAGAAGAAAGCUGCCCGUGCUCGUUCCAAGGGUAAGAAUUCAGAUGAGGAGGCUCCCAAGGCUGCCCAGAAGAAGCUGAAAUUUGUGCGCACAAGCCCUGAGUAUGGUAUACCCUCAGUGACUUUUGGCAGUGUUCACCCUUCAGACGUGCUGGAUAUGCCAGUGGAUCCCAAUGAACCUACCUACUGUCUUUGCCACCAGGUUUCCUACGGGGAGAUGAUUGGCUGUGAUAACCCUGAUUGUUCCAUUGAAUGGUUCCACUUUGCUUGUGUCGGAUUAACAACCAAGCCUCGAGGGAAAUGGUUCUGCCCUCGGUGCUCCCAGGAACGGAAGAAGAAAUAAACAAGGGCCUCGGAUGCAUCAUAACAGUUUCAUCUCUUCUCCUCACCUUGGCUGGGGCAUGGGGUGGAGAUCCCUGUGUUGGGGUGUUGGGACUCAGGGAGAGAAGGAGACUGGUACGGAGAAGUCACUCCCUUCUCCCCCUGCCUGCCCCACACACAUACACACUCUUGGUGCUGAGGCUGCAUCUGAACUGCAGUAGGGCGGGUGGUAUGUGCCCUCCUUUAGAACAUCACCUUCUCCUACUUGGGGUUGGUGGAGGAGGGGUCAUCCCCACUUCCUCUUUGCCUCCAUGCUGAGGUUGGUGCUGUAUCUUGGAGGGAUACCUUUUUACUUCCUUCACUGUGUAUAUAGGGGCUGGGACAGCAGUACAGGGGUGCCUUCCUUCCCCCCCAUGGUGGGGGCUAUGGUAUGUUGAUCUUCCUUCUCCCCCUGGACUUCAUCUUUUUGUAGGGCCCUUUCUGUAGGGUCACCUUCUACCCUGUGGCAGGGGAGUUUUUAGGCCUGUGUGUAUUGGAGGGAGGUAGAGACCUCCUUUGUAAGGGAGGAGUGGGUGGGAGAAUAAAAGUCAUGAAAUCUGGCCUGCUGUAUUUAUUGAGAAGGAGAAGUUAGGAAUAUGGGCCAUUGUGACACCUGACUUCCUCCUUCACCCCUCCAUUUAUUGCCCCAUAUGCUUUUCCAGGUCCUGGAGCUACCUUGAUUUCAGCCUUUUUCACAUCCUCAAGCCACAGAAGGAAGAAGAACAUGACUUCACAUUCCUGUGCUUUGCUAUCCUAAAAGCUUAUGUUUAUUUAGUUCCUUGCAAUAUAUAACUUCCCAUUGA